AUGGCUCAUACAUUGAAGAUCGCUGCUCUCCAACUUGGUAGCUUCUCUACCAAGAAGGAAGCAAUUGCCAACGCAAACAACCAGAUUCGGAUGGCUGCAAAGGACAAGGGCGCUAAGUUGGUAAUUCUGCCGGAAUGUUGGAACUCACCCUUCAACACUAAGGAUUUUGGUCGUAAUGCUGAGCAAAUUCCCAAUGGAGAAACCAGCAAGGCUAUGGCAAAGGCCGCCGCUGACAAUAAUAUUUACCUGGUGGGAGGAACCUAUCCCGAGGAGGAUGGCGGCAAACUCUACAACACCUGUCCUGUGUGGGGACCAAAGGGCGAGUUCCUGGGAAAGUACCGCAAGAUGCAUCUGUUCGAGGCGAACAUUCCCGGAAAGGUCAAAUACAACGAACCGAGUGUGAAUACUCCCGGGAACCAGUUCCUUACAUUCAACAUCGGCGACUUGAAGGUUGGCGUGGGCAUCUGUUACGAUCAGCGCUUCGCCGAAUUCGCAGGCGCAUACCGCCAGCUCGGCUGCGAUAUGUUGGUGUAUCCGUCGGCGUUUGACACCUACACUGGUCCGUUGCACUUCGAGUUGACUGCCCAAUCGAGAGCCCUGGACAACAGUAUGUUCGUGGUGCUGUGUUCACAGGCACGCGAUAAUUCGCAGGAGUUUGUCUCGUACGGUUACUCGACCGUUUGCGAUCCUUGGGGCCGAGUGAUGUGUCGCGCAGGAGAGGAACCGGAAAUGCUGAUAGCCGAUUUGGACCUGAGAAUGCUGACGGAUGUCAAGAAGCAAUUACCAAUUCUACAUCAGAAGAGAAACGACAUUUAUGAGCUGAAGGUCAAGAAGUAA